ACAAGCAUACUAACACAUCUCAUUUUAUGAAGUCUAAUAAUCUAAUUUAUUUAAUUAGUACCAAUUUUUUUAAUUCCUAUUUUUAUUCAGAUUUGAAUAAAUUUUAUCAAAUUAAAGUGUACAAUGGAUCAAUUUGGCAAUCUAGCUUUAAAUUGGUCUGUUGGAUACAAUGGAUCUCCCAUCUAUUUCAUUGAUCAAAAUAUUAUAUGUUAUCUGAGUUUGAAUAGUUUAAAAUUUCAUGAUAUAACAAAUGAUUUAGUUUGGUAUCUGGAAUCCCCUGGUGAUGGAAUACAAACAUUAGCUAUAAAUCCUGAAUAUGGGUAUGUGGCAUUUUCUGAAGAUGGCUUAGAUGCUUCAAUUUUUGUCUACAAAAUCACUUCGCUAGAGAGCCCAGUUUCAACAUUCAAAAACAAUAUUGGUCUUGGAUUUAGUAGCCUAUCAUUUGCUAACAAUGCCCGAAUCAUUGCAUCUUGUACAAAUAUUCCAAAAAUUAGAUUAUCAUUAUGGGAUUUUAUUAUUGGAAAGGAGUUAUGUUUUAUUGAACUUCAAUCUCCUCUGCAUUCUUUAAUCUUUAAUCCAACUAAUUGGAAGCAGUUGUCUGGAUUAAAUAAAGAUGGAUUUUAUUUAUGGAAUAUUGACCAAGUUAACGAAAGUUUUUAUAUUGAGUAUCAAAAUAUAAAAUUUCCUGAUAAUAAUGAAAAUGAAUUAGAACCCUGUAAAAAACUUCCAUUUCAAUACUCCAAUCAGUGUUUAAAAAAAGAAAAUCAGCAAAACGGAUGGCAUCCUGUUAGCCAAUGUUGGACUACUAAUCAUUUAAUUUAUAUAGGCUGCAGUGAAAACUCAAUUAUCUGUGUAGAGACUAUAUCUGGAAAUACAUUGGUUGUAUACAUUUCUGAUUCUGAUAUUUCUGAUCUUUUUGAGUGUAUUCAGUUUUACAGAGAUUGCUUAGUGGUUGGUGGAAAGGAUGGAGUUAUAAGAUGUUUUAAAAUAGCAAAAGAAAACUUGUUUCCAAUUUUUGAAAAAAAAAUUAAUGGAGUUGUUAGUUCUUUGCAAGUUAAUAAAUCUUUAACAACAUUGGUUAUAGGAAGCAAUUUAGGUGUCAUCUACUUAAUGAACACUGAGAAAGCAAUUCUUAAUGAACUUCUUGAUGAAUAUUCAGGAAAGAUUAUUGGUAUUAAUUGCUUGUCUAAAUCACAUUUUGUUACAUGUAGAGAAAAUGGAUUUGUUCAAGUGUGGACCAUGGAUUUGGCAAGGUGUGUUGGACAUUUGCAUCUCAGUUGCGAGAUAACAUGUUUUGCUGUGACUGCUUCUUCAUAUACUGUUUUUCUUGGAACUAGUUAUGGUUCUAUUAUCGUUAUUGAUGUGUCUAAAAAUGAAAAGCCACGAAUUAUUUUAGAAAAAUCAUUAUACAAAACAGCUAUAUCAAAGCUAUGCUUUGAUAACACUGGAACUUUAUUGAUUACAACAUCUGAAAAAGAUCAUCUGAUUCUGUUAGAUGCAAGGCUGUCUACAAAAUGCAAUAUCUUAGGACACACUGAGAUUCCUGGUUCAGUUAAAUGCAUUAGUUUUAAAUGCGUUUCUAAUGGUAGAGAUGCUUGGAAAGUUGUUCUUGGUGUAAGUUAUAAUCAAAGUAAAGCAUGCAAGAACUUGGUAGUAUUAGAAUUUGACAAGAAUAUAUUUAAUGAUAGUAUUUCAUAUUAUAUGGAUAGAACUCGCCUGUUUAAAGAUAUUUCUAUUUUAAAACAAACAUACCAAUUAACCACAUCUAUAUAUAAUAUAUGCAUACUGUCUGAAAUGGUGGUAUAUGCUCUCAUGGAUAAUGGUAAAAAAAUUGCAAAGUUUGAGCUAUCUCCAUUUGAGGUUUCUUCAAGCAACAAAAUAAUAGAAACAUCUGAAAUAUACUGCAAUCAAACUGUAUCUUGUAGUGUUAUUUCAAUCUCUUCUCAUGGGAAAUGGAUGCUUAUUGCAGGUGCUGAUGGUUAUUUGACUAUCAGAGAAGUAGAAGCAAUGAAUAACCCAGCAAUUAAAAAAGUGGCAAAUUAUCGUAACGGUGGCAUUGUUGAUGCAAUAUACAGUGUUGAUGGUCAAAAUAUUUUGGUGAUCAGUAACUGCAAUCAUAUUGCAUGCUUAAAAUGGAUUUAUUCAACAUAUGGCAAAUCAGAAGCUUACUUUUCAAUAGCUGCAUAUCAGACUUUUGCAAGUACUAUUUUAGAUAUAACAACUGAAGAAAAUAAGUUUAUUGGAAGCAUGAACACAAUAUCAGUUAAUGGAAAAGUUACUGAAACAUGUUUGGAAAAAACUAUUAAAAAAAUUUAUGCAGAAGAAAAUGAAAAGUGUUCAACAACAAAAACAAAAUUGUAUCAAGAUAUUAAUGAGUUACGUUGCCAAGUACUUAAUCUAAUUUCCAAUAAUGACCAAGUUCCAGACAUAUAUAAACUUGAAAGGCAAGAGUUUAUUUUAGAUACAAAAGAGCAUGAUUUUGUAUUGCAGCAAAGAGAAAAUAAAAUAAAUGAACUUCGAGCACAAAUUGAAAUUGAAAACAUUAGAAAGCAAUAUAUAAGAUAUCUUAUUAAACAAGAGUGCUGGGACAAUAUGCUUGUUAAAGGUUGUAGUUUAAAAUCAUUUGUUUCAAAUGUUAAAGUUUCCAAUUAUCCAAUGAGAAAAAGAAGCGAAGCAGAAUUAAAAAAAAUAGAGGCUGUAAAUUUUCAACGUUGUUUGCAAAAUAUUGAAAACAAUAUCCGGAAAACCUUUUUUGAGCCUGAGCUGAUUUCAAGUCCACCACUAUUCGACAAUCUUUUGGAAAAUAACAAUGAUGCAGAGAAUAAUUAUUUUUCAACUUGUGGUAGUCUUGCAAGUUUAUUUACUCAUAACGAAUUUCUUUUAAGUCAAUUUUCACUUGCUACCAAAGUUCAGAAAAAGGAACAAAUUAUUUUGCUAAAGGAUUGUGUCUACAAAAUUAAGGAAAAAUUUAAUGCACAAUUUAAUGACAUGUGGAAUAUAAAGGUUCAAGAAAUAAAGCGCAUAAAUGAAAGAUGUACACGAAUGAAAAAGAUUAUUAAAGACCUAGAUCUCAAUGAAAACACUAUUGAAGUUGGAGUUGAUAGUGAUGAAGAACCUGAUCGUAUAUUUGAUGUUCGUGACAAUGAAAUUUCAGUUAACAAGUAUAUAAGCAAAGAAGAAAGAAUAAAAUCUGAAAUUAAAAGAAAAAAAGAUGAAGAAAAAAAUUCAACAAACAUUGAUAAUAACCGUGGACAUGCUCUUGAUGUAAUGAUGGGUGGAAAGUUAGAAGCAAGCUAUGAAAUGGAGCUUAACUACGAUAUUCAAAAACCAAGCUUCAUGGAAAAGCCAGAAAUUGAAUGGUCUGAUGAAGAAUGCAAACUUGCAAAGGAAUAUGAAAAGAAAAAGCAAACAUUGCAAGAGGAACGUGAUAAAUACAAGAAAAUAUUAGAAGCAGAGUUUAAAAAACUUCAAACUUUAAACCAAGAGACAAUCAGCAAUUUCGAUGAAAAACUUCAACAAUUAUUUCAAUACAAAAUUAAAGCAGACAUGGCUGUUGCUCAAGAAGAGUUAAAAAUGAUGCGCUUAGCUGCAUCGAUUUCAAUCAGUGAUGAAAUGGAAGCUAAAGAACAUAAUUUGUUAAAUGAACUUAUUCAGUUAAAAGAAGAAAAACAGCUUAGUUCUAGCUUUAUUUCAAAAGUUCAAACUGAAUUGGAUACUUUAAGAAUGUCAUAUGAAAGUUUAGUUUCAGAAGACAAAUAUUUAGAUAAAACAUUUCGGAAAGAGUUUCCAGAACUUGAUCAAUUCACUGUUGAUUUUUUGUACAAACUUUUUAAAAAAAGACCACAAGUGCAAAGAACUUUAAAAGCAGUAAUUGAUAAUCAAAUAUCCUUGGCAGAGGAAAACAGAUUUGAAUUAAGAGUACCCUCUUCACUUGCAGUAAAUGCAGUUGGUCAUUCAGUAGAAGAUACAUUAAACGGACUAGACUCAUUAGAAAAUAAACCAGAGAAAAUUUUAGUUGAGACCUGGUCAAAGCUAGUAACAUUACGAAGAGGAAAGUUUGAGAAAGAACAACAAUUGAAGUCAAAAGCUUUAGUGUUAGCGCAGAUAAAUACUUUUCUGCAGAAAAAAAAAGAGUAUGAUAGUGAACUAAAGUCUAGAAUAGAAAAAACAUCUGAGAAUAUUCAAAAAAUUCGAGAUGAAAGACUACAGUUCAAUUUAAACAUUGAAGUACAGUUGUUACUGAAGCAGGGUCAAGUAGAAGUUGGUAUUUGUGAUUUGGUUCCUGAUUAUACAGAAUGCAUAUUAGUUCAUCGCUCUGUUGUUGAGAAUUUGAAUUCCACAAUAAAGGCGCUCGGUCAAACCAAGUUAGCAAGCAUGCGUGAAAGUAAGGAUUUUAGAAAAGGUAUUCACCUGUUGGAAUGGCAGCUAAAAGAAAUGCUUAUGCAGGCAGAAGACCUUCAAACUGUGGCUCAUGACUUGCAAUUACUUAAAGUUACAAAAGAACUGCAAUUAUAUUUAAGUGACACAGAUCAAAAGCUAAGCAAGCAGCAAGAAAUAGAUACUCUUGAAAAUACUUUGGAAAUGUACAAAAAGAUUCAUCAGCGAAGCAUUAAAGAUAAAAAGCGUGUUGUAAAAGCUCUUCGCCAAGAAAUAAAAGAAAAAGUUGAUGCAAACGAUUGUUUAAAAAUUGAUCUCCAAGAAAUAGCGGUCUCGGUAGAAGAAAGAAGAAAUGUUAACAAAGGAGAUGACGCAACAGUUGAUAAGGAAGAAAAGGAGAAAAAAAUGAUUGAAAUAAUAACAAGAAGAAAAUUGGUGGAUUUAACACGAGCUCAGUCUCUUGAAAUUAACCUAUUGCGUUCUGAAGCUGUAAAUUUACGAAAGAGUAAUUUUCCAAUUUUGUUGAAUGAUUAAGUAUAUUUUUAUUAAGUAAUUCUAUAAUAAGUAAUAAUAAAAAAAAGCUUAUCACUAUGUUGAGGUAAUGCAUAAAUAUUUUUAGAACAUAUUUUGAAGUUAGUUUCUAUAAUGAACACAUUUUAAAUUUAAUUUCUGUAAAAAAAAAAAAUUAUUCGUAUAAAUCAGUGCUAAUCCGGCGCCUUAGUAUUACACUACGUCUAUAUUUUUAGUAACUUUGUUUUUUUAUUUGUAAUUAAUACUCUGCUAUUUAAGCGUCGCGUUUAGAAACCACAUUGGGGUUUAUCUAAAAUUUUGAUAAUAUUUAAAUAUUUAACCUGUUGUAGACUAUUUUUUCAAAAGUUUUUUAGAAUACAGAAUAAGUUGAAUUA